AUGGCACAGCCGCAGUUGGAUUUAGAGACAGCUCAAGAGAAGACAGCAGACGCAACGCCCACGGACGAGAAUCAUUUCGAUGCAUUUAUUAUUCAGAUUGGUCAAUUCGGACGCUUCCAGAUUAUCAACUAUGUAUUGCUCUGUUUGCCCAUCAUAUGCAAUGCCUUCUUCUCGAUAUCCUAUGUCUUUACGACCGGCGCUGUGGUGCACAGAUGCAAUAUCAGCCAAUGUGAUAGUCCAAACAGCAGCUUUAUUGAGCCCUGGUUAAACUUUACGAUCCCCCAGCAUAAUGGAGCCUGGGAUCAGUGCAAGGCUUAUGAGGCAACACCAGAAAAUGGUGGCCAAUGUGAAGUCUCUUAUUUUAAUAGCAGCCAUCCUAUUGACUGCCAAGCGGGCUACAAGCUAAGGGGUGAUGAAAUAACCAUAUCCUCAGAGUUUGGUAUUUUUUGCUCAGAUCAAUGGCAGCUGUCGAUGGUGGGAACUGUGAACAACAUUGGACAGUUUGUUGGCAUACCCUUGGGUGGCUUCUUGGCAGAUCGGUGCGGACGUAAGUCGAUGCUCGUUGUGAGUGGUGUUUUGAGCGCCCUGGCUGGCCUUGCGCGCUCCUUUGCAUUCAACUAUUACAGCUUUCUGUUCCUUGAGUUUCUGGACAUGGCCGUGGGCAGCACACUGUUUCCCACUGCCUUUCUGCUGGCCAUCGAGCUGGUGGGGCCCAAACAUCGUGUGCUGGCUGCCAUGGUCAUCAGUUUAGCUUAUGGCUUGGCAGAGGCGGCACUCGGCUAUCUGGCCAGCAUCAUACUUGAUUGGCGCUGGCUGCUCCGCGUGGUCUACACUCCGGCGAUGCUGCAUCUGUUCUUCAUCUGCUUGCUGCCCGAGAGCGUACGCUGGCUGCUGAGUCAGUCCAGGGAGCUGGAGGCUGUGCAGAUUCUGCGCCAUGUGUCGCAUGUCAAUCGGCGGUCAUUGCCCGAAGCCCAACUGAGUGAACUGUUGCGCAACAAUCGCCAGCUGUUGGCCCAGUCGGAGGUUGCAACUGGAGGUGGCCACUACAAUGGCCGUGAGAUUUUCAAUGCACUCGGUCUGCGUAUUGCUCAGUGCUGUUUUGUGUGGUUCACCAAUACGUUCAUUGCUCUGGGUCUGAGCCUGAAUGCAAGCAGAUUAAAUGGCAACAAGUUCUACAACUUUAGCAUGACGGGAUUAAUGCAACUGCCCGGCAUCCUGCUUGCCACGUUGAUGAUGCUGCGCAUUGGCAGACGCUGGUCGCUGAGCUUCUGCCUCACCACUUGUUCCAUUUUACUGAUCGUAAUGGCGCUUUUGGAAAAGGAUUACCCAACAUUCUCUUUGUGUCUGUACUUUCUUGUCUGUAAAACUGGCAGCUUCAUGAUAUUGUAUUUCUUCACCUCAGAAAUAUUUCCAACCAAUUGUCGCAAUAGCAUGCUGUCAUUUUGUUCGAUGGUGGGUCGCGUCGGCUCCAUGUUGGCGCCUCAAACUCCGCUAUUGAUAAACUACUAUAAAUAUGCGCCGCAUUUGCUGUUCGCCACAUUUGGCAUACUUAGCGCAAUUUUAACCCUGUUCUUCCCCGAAACUGCCAACAAAGUGCUGCCAACGACAUUGGAGGAGGCUCGUGCCCUGGACAAAAGUCUGCCGGUGAAACAAUCAAAAUUAUCAGUAGAAACAAAAACUGCUGUAUAAUCAGUUCACAGCUUCUGUAAAUAUUUGGUUUCAAUUGACAAUUGUAAAUAUUAUGAACAGACCAUCGUAUUAAAUGGCAUGUAAAAAUAUCAAAUUGUAAGUGAGCUUUGAGUGCAAUGAAUUUUCGUAUA